AUGAUUUUUCAAUAUAAUUUUUUGUUAACCUAUGUUUUUUUUUUUUUAUUUCUUAGUCAAAUGAUUGGUUAUGUGGAUGCCAUUGAGUCAGAAAUGCGUUUUACUAACUCUCGAGUUUUUAAAUUUGUUUUAAAUAAUGGAUUCGGAACAAGAAUCCAAGUUAAUUGCUGGAAUGAACACAUUGAGCGAAUUAAAGAGAAAGUAAUUAUGGAUAAUAUUAUUUAUCUAGAAAAAGCUCACUGUGUUACUAGCACUGAUUAUAAUAGAGGAAAUUAUAAAAGAGCUGAACUAAUAAUUAACAAAUUCACUAAUGUUGAGAUAAUGGGGGCCUUCAAUGAUGAAAAUUGUGAAAUUCCUACAGCUGAACCUGUUGUUCUUCAAGAAUUUCAAUUAGAAGAUUUAGAAAAAUCAAUUUUACCGUGGAAGUUUAAAAUUUCAGGUUAUUUAAAAACUCAAUUUUCAAAAAUUGGAUCAGAGAAUCCAACUCAAGUUAAAGGAAUCUUUACUAUCACUGAUGGUAUUCGAAAGCUGGACGUGACGACUAACUUCUUUUCAGACAAUCAUGAAUAUGUGAGAGGAGAUUCCCUACAACUAAGUGGAUCUAUUUUUCAUUUGAGUGAGUGAAAAUUUAUUUUUAACAUUACUAAUCAUGAAUGAAACUAAAAAAGGCAAGAAUAAUCUAUAAAAAUUAGG